UCGUUCACAACACGUGUCUCCCUCUGUCACUUUUCGCUUUUUUAUUUUCUUUUUUAAUUAUACGAAAAAGUUUCAUACUUAUACUCAUUCUUAAGGUAAUGGUGAUAUUUUUUCCAAUUAAUUCACAGAAAUCGUGAAGUUUUUUCAAUGACUUUCUUUGAUACGGACAAAGAAACUUGAGAGAAACGUUGAAUGAUCGUGUGAUUGAUUUUAAUUCAGAUUAACUGCAAAAUUGUGAUCAUAAGAAGAUGUGCAAUUGGAUUAAUUAAUAAGAAAUAAUCUCCUGGAAUUAUCUGCAGAUGGUAAAGUGGUGUUUUAGGAUCAAAAGUUCGGCGUCUCAAAGCGGCCAAUGGUUUGAGAAGGAUGGAGGAGCCAUUCAAGGACACUGGUGAUUCAAAUAAUGAAAGUCCAGUUAACAGGAGAACAGAUGAAACUAUUGAGGGAGUCAUUACAACAGACGAGAAAGAUGUACGGAUACUAUCCGUGGAUAAACUUACAGUUGAGAAGAUAGUUUUGGAGAAAGCUGGCUCACAAGAAGUACUCUUUACAAAGAGUGAAAGCUCCAAGAAGUUAUCUGAGUCGACAAAGACGUUUCCUACAAAAAUAAAUUUUAAUAAGUUGCAAGAUUUUAAAAAUAAAAAAGAUCUAACUAAUUCUAAUUUUAAUGAAGAUCUUAAAUGUAGUGGAAAAUCAACUGAGGAAUUGAAGAAUGCAGAUAAUUGCAAGAAAAAGAUAUCUUUUUCAAAAUUACCAGUUUGGAGAUCGCCUAAAAUAAAGAGUCCUAAUAUUGGCAAUGAAAUAAGAACUAAAUCAGUUAAGUUCGAUAAAAGUUUAGUUGAAGAAAGUCAAUUAAAUUCUCAUUCUUCAAUUCUAAAUCCUUUGAAAAUUUGCAAAGUUUCCCCAACAAUCUCUCCAGAGCCUUUAAAGAAGAUUAAAGCUAAUACAAAUAAAAAAGGAUCAGCUUCAGGAGAGGAUUUUAAUAAUCAAGCGGAUUUAACAAACAAUUCACAAAAGCUUAUUCAAGACAUUUUAAUCGAAGAUGUACGGGACAAUAAAACCGAACCUGUGAUUCAAAAAUGUCGCGAAAUUACACAAAAGACGCACAAUGAAAUUGAGAAGCUUCAGAAAAAUUUAGUGAAGGUUAAUUCAGCUACAAUUGAAUCUUUCAAACAGAAAUUACCAAUUUUACAUCCACAUGUGUUGAAGACCUCAACUAGUCCAGAUCUAGAUCUUAAUGAAAAUAUCACACGAGUUGUGUUUGAUAAAAAUCUUUUACCUCAGCAUGAUUUUAAUAAAAAUUUUAAAGUAGAAGAUAAAACAUUGUUAGAGACUGAUUUCGACUAUGCACCAGAUGGAGAAAAACUUAAUUAUAGUAAGUUUAAUAAACCGAAGUACAGCAGAGAAGUAUCAGAAGUUGAGAAAAGAUGGUCUGGAGAAUUUUUAGAAAAUCAAUUUGAAAAUUCUUCAGGUUCGUCUAAAUCUUCUUAUAUUGAAGAGAUUGGAAGUAUUUCAUCUCAUGGUAGUUUUAUUGAAGAUUCUCAUGCAAACAGCAAUCAACGAUCAGAAUUGCAUGUGAGAAAAAAGAAUGAAGACUUGAAAAAAUCAGAAAUCGAUGAAAUUCUUGAAGAUACUGUUAGUACAGUUGAUUCAACGUCAUGCUUAGAAGAUCGUAUUAAAGCAAUUGAUGAAGAUAUCAAUCAAUCAAUUAAACUUGAAAAAAAUCAUGAUGAAAGUGAAUCAAGAGACAGUACAUUAAAGAAAUCAUCAUCUACUGAUACGUGUUAUCAAAUUGAAGAAGUACAGGUCAAUAUUGAAACAAAUAAAAAGCAAUCGAAUGACUGUGAGAAAAUAGAAUUGAAAAGAGUUUUUAUAAACGAAGAAACUGAAGAAGAAGACUGUGAAACGGAUGAUCAGUCGAACUUUAUAGAUGAAGAAAGGGAAUGUACAGAGGUUGAGAGGGUAAUAGUUACAGAGAAAGAAGGUGAAUGUAUGCAAAGUGACGGCUACGCUGAAUUAAUAAAAGAAAUUACGAUGGAUCCGGGGUCGUCAAAGAGUAAAGAUGAAAAGAAGAAGAAAGGUGGACUUCGUCGACUUCUUCCUGGAUUAUUUUCUCCAAAAGAUUCUCGUAAAGAUUAUAAAAAAGAACAGAAGGAAAGAAAGAAACGUGACGAGCGGCAUUUCAGUCAAUAUCAACAAAAUGGAAUUUAUACGAGGUCACCCGAUACGAUGCAUUUAAAUGAAGAUAUUCGAAGAAAUGUCAAUUUAGAUACAAGUCUAAAUGGAACUAUUAUUGAAGAGAGAUUAAAUGAAAUAAAACAAGAGCUCUUUCCAGAACCUGGAAUGACAACUAGUACUCCAGAUCAUUUUAUUCAAAAUGAUCGUAAUCAUAUGCAAGGUCAGAGAGCUCCGAAAAUUUAUACAGCCAAUUCUUCACUCAGCUCUAUUGCAGUAGAAGACAAAUGGAUCGAUCAAAAUAUUAUCAGUGGAUCUCCUGAUAUGAGAAAGCUCAAAGCACACAUCAGAAAUGAUAAUGAGAGUAAAUGUAGUUUAGAGAGAAAGCAUAGUCUUCAAGAAUCCCAACCACGAUUUUUAAGAAAUCAUGGACCAUCUGGUAGAAUUUCUGCUCCACCGUCUGAACGAUAUUUAAUCAGACCUCGUGCAGUUCAUCCUAUCGAUCGACCUUUGCCUGCUAUUCCACAAAAAGUCGAGUACGUUAAUUAUGAAAAUCAUCCUGAAAUUCACCAGGUUCCAAAUAAUUAUACUGGACAAGAGGUUACUAAUUAUCAGAUGGGAGGAUAUUAUCCAAAUAAUCAAAAUUAUGCUAAUGAAGCAGAGUUAUUUGAAAAUGGAAAUCACAUUGAGAAGGCAGAAGUUAAUAAGAAUUACAGCAUUGAUUCAGGAUUUAAUCUCACACCUGUAUCAGGACAAAUGAAAAUGAAUCGUAAUCAUGUAAUUAAUCAGAAUAAUAAUAUGAAUAAUAACAAUGGUCAAAAAACACCCUCUAAUCAUGGAAGGUCUCCCAAAUAUUCACCCAGUUCCAGUCAAAAAUCUGGAGAUUAUGCUGAUUCCAGUUAUACACCUAAUUCAAGUCAGAAAAGUGAAUUUUCACCAGGUAGUUCAAAAAGUGGAGAAUAUUACUUAAAUUCUCCUAGAACCAGUAGUAGAAUGUCACCUGAUGAUAAUUUCAAUGAUCAAAGAGAUGAAAUUGAUCAUGAGCCAAUGAAAAAUGGAAAUUAUCAAGUACCUUCAAGUAUUAGAGUUCAGAAUAAAGAUGAACAUGUCUACGAUGAAACACCGAGGUCACCUUUUGAAGAAGACAAAUCUUCAGGGAUUUCUAAAGUACAAAACAACAAUCCAGAAGCAGUUUAUGGACAACGAGGAUCUCCCAAUAUCCCUUUAUCAUCCAAUUUAGCUAAACUUCGCGCUAACGUUGAAAAUUCAUCGCGUUCAGAGUCUCCAAGAAACUUUGAUGGAAGGGCAGGACAGAGUUCGCAAAUACCUUCGCCUGUAGCUAGUAGUAAAGUUUCGACUUUGUCAAUUCAAUCGCCAAGCCAAAGAGACUUAGCAAAGUCUCCACUAUCAAAUGCUCCGAGAGUAACUUCUCCAUUGACUGUCGUUACACCAGUAAGUCCGACGACUUGUAUUAAUACCAUGUCACCAAACGGAAUAAACAGAAGCAGAUCCGCUACACCUUCCGGGUCUAUGUCACCAGCAAGGAUAUUAACACUAAGUCAAGAAACUUCUCGUCUUACAAUAUCACCUUCAACAAUUAACCAAGUGACGAGUAAUUCAAUGUCCACAUUUCAACCUAGGAAAGCUCAACCAACAGAUCAAAUUUUGAUUGCUUCUCCUAAGAGAGAAUUAAUUUAUGAUACUCAACCUCAUCGACCACCAAGUCGUUUGGAAGCUGGAUGCCCCGAUUCUCCAGUGCCUAUGGCAGAUUCUCCAUGCCGUAUAUCAAGCCCCCGACCUAAUUUUAGACAAAAUAUUGCUGAAUUAGACCGCGCUAAAUCUCCUAUCAUGGAAAUGUGUGAGCAUCCACCGCCGCAGGCAUUUCAAGAUCAGCCACAGAGGAUUCCGAUGCAAUCUAAUCGACCAAUGUCCCCUCGAAUAAGUGAAAAAAUCCCCGAGAAGGGAAUUCAAAGACCCGAACCGAUUUAUUGUACUCGAAGUCCCCAGAGGGCAAUAUCACCUCUAGCAAUAAAAUCUGAUCAAAGGACUACAUCUUUAGCUGGAGGCAAAGCCAAUAUGCUAUUGAUUCCUGCGAGACCUGACAACGUCAAUUCAAUUUCAUUAUCUCCAUCAAAACUUCUAGAAAACUUGGCUGCAAAAAAUUUACAAGGUGUUAAUAGUACUCAAGAACAACAUCGUGUUCAAUCUCCAAAGCCAAUGAGCCCACAAGUACACAAAGAAUUGAUUAAUUCUUCUCCAGAACAAGCAGAGAAACUUCAGCUCAGAAAAAAAGAUAGUAAUUAUUAUCAUGAAAGACCACAAGCUAUCUAUGAUGAGCAAAAUAAUUUAAUUAGAGAAAAGAAUACAGUUAAUGAACCAAUUUAUGUCAAAAGAGUUCAACCAUCACCUGUUCCAGACCACAUGAUGACUCCGAUUUAUCAGCAUCCUCAAAAACAUCAGGUAGUUAGUCAACAACAUCAAGGAGCACGUCUCGAGCAACCUCGUCAGCAAAUUUAUGUAACUAAGCAAGAGAUUUGUGGUCCAAACCAAGAACCAAUUUAUGGACGUCAGUCAAUGCCUGAGGGAAAUAUUCAGAGAAAUCAGAAUCAAGAAAAAAUUUAUGGUCAAACAGUUACUGAGCCAAUUUAUGGACAAAAUAAACAAUUGUCUCCUUCGAAAAAGCAAAUGAUGCAACAUUUAGAAGCUUUUUAUUGGCAACAGAAGGCUUUGGAAGCACAGAAAAAUUCUGGAAAUUCACCAAAUAAAUGCCAAGAAAUUUCCGUUCCCAAUCCUGAAGUUAGAGAAGCCAUUUAUUGGCAGCAACUUAAAAAACUUGAUGAAGAACAACAACGUAAAAUUUAUGAAAGGAAUCAAUUCGAUGAAAAAUCCGAUCCUAUCUACUGGAAGAAAAAGAUACAGAGCUCAUCACCUUCUCCAACUACACAAGUGAUGAAGCAGAAUUCUCCAAGUUUAUCGAGUCCUAAUCGUUCUCAAGUUCAAGCACAGAUCGAACAUCAUUCUGAGAGCUGUGAGCAAAUUUAUUGGCGAAAUAAAUCAUCUCCAGUAGUAAAUCCGUCAGGAAAACCACCUCUUGCUGGUCAGAAAGGUCAGAAUCAACCGGUUCUAGUAGUGAGGCCUCAACAAGCUGUUCGAGAAUCAAAUCAAGUUCAGUUUAUCGAACAGGAAUCAAAAGAUUCAUCUAAAUCUAAAAACCUUUCACCUUAUUUUGUCAGAAAUGAUGAAAGACGUAGCCUUCAGAUCCCACGAAAGUCAGGAAGUACUUUAGACGAUACUAGAAAAUCAUCAACGUCUUCGAUUUAUGAUGACACCGAUAUAGAUAAGAAACAACCGCCACCAAUCUUUAAACGUGGCAGUCUUAUCAGUAACUCUAGUAGCUCUGUCGAGUAUAAUACAAUGGGACCAAAGCGAGUGAGUUUUUCAAAUCAGUCAAAUUCACCAGAAAUUGGGUCUGGCAACUGGCCGACUAAACACGGCAUGGCGCCAGAACCACCGACACGUAAACAUCGAACUGAAGAGAAAAUUCUUCCUGAAGCUGGUGUUCAAAAUCCUCGUUUUCAUGCCGAGGAUCAGAACAAUAUCAAUAUUUAUGGAAAUGUAAGUGUUUGUUCUCUUCAACAACAACAACAACAACACAUUUACGAUAUCGAUUAUGAUGCUAACAAACCAUUACCGCCACUGCCAUCAAAAGAUCCCUGGAUGCUAAAACGCAGUAACAGUAUGAAAGAUGCGCGGAAUCAACAAUUUGAAGUUCAGAGAUUGGUUCAGGUUAACCCUAGAAAAUUAUCGGGAUUCAGCGAAAGUGAGAGUGGAAGUGAAGCUGGUGAAGUUCAGAAAAUUCUUCAACGUCGUCAUGGUGAGUUUUUAAUUAAAUCUAUACUGCCAAAUAUGUGUAUACUCAUUCAUUUACAUUCAUCAUAA